AGUCCCAACGUCGUGUUAAAUUGGCGUUGGGAGAGAGUUUUCACUCCCAACGUAACCAGAGAUUAUUUCUCUAAUGGCUUGAGAGAACCAUACCUUGUAGUGUAGUCCUAGUCCAUAUGAAACACAAACACCAACUAGUGAUGGAAGUAGACAACAAUAUCAUCAUGAUCCAUAGGUCUUAACUUGGGAGAAGCUCUUAUAGCACAAAACCACACAAUGAUCUCCCUAGAUCAGGUAAAUCCAAAGUUUCUAACUUAUAGGGUCUAAAUUAUCAAGUUUAGUAACUUCGUACUCUGAAUAAAUAAAUUGUAGUUUAAAUAUUAUUUAUUUUUCAGGUAAAUCCUCUUUUUUUUUUUUUUUUUGGAGUGGAACCAAUACAAAAUGAGCACAUGCUUUUAUGCUGAUUUGUUUGUCUUCUCAAUGAUUGAGACAGGUCUGGAGUUCCAAUGGAGGAUCCUUUGCCACCACCAAAGUAGAUGGGUCGCCUUGGAAGUUAUCUCUUUACAAAUUACAACUGGAAAAAAUUCCUUAAACGAAUGGCUCACCAUUUACAGAGCCUCUCACCCACUCCUUCAUAGCCAUCAAUAUCAACUUCUCCUACUCCAAUUUCCACAAAUACUUUAAAUGGAAGUUAUCAUAACAACAGGAAGCAUGGGCCUUUCACAACAUGCUUAUCACGUUGAAACACUUUUGGGUUCUUGAAUCUGAGUCUUCAUUGAUUGGAUUUGGAUUCUGAUUCUGAUUCUGAUUUUUGUUUUUGAUGUUCCUCAAAUGACAAGGUGUUUCUUCUUCAGCAUCACAGAGACCAAGAAUUGGUACCAUCGCCAUCGCUUCACCAAAUGCGGCCUCCGAUCCACCAUUACAGAUCUCAACGACGGCACCACAGUACACUGCUGGGUCCCCAAUAACCCACUUCACUCCAAGCCCAAUCUGCUGCUAAUCCAUGGAAUUGGGGCUAAUGCACUUUGGCAAUGGGGGGAUUCCAUUGCUACCCUUGUCCCUCAUUUCAAUCUCUACGUGCCUGAUUUGAUCUUCUUUGGCGACUCCUUCUCCACAAACCCCGACAGAACAGAGUGGUUUCAAGCUCAGUGUCUAAUCCGAGUUAUGGAGGCUAACUCGGUGGGGAAGCUCAGUUUGGUGGGGCUCAGCUAUGGGGGGUUUGUUGGGUAUAGCAUGGCGGCGCUGUGCCCUGAUAUGGUGGAGAAAGUGGUGAUUUGUUGCGCUGGGGUUUGUGUGGAAGAGAAGGAUUUCAAAGAUGGGUUGUUGAGAGUGUCUGAUUUGGAGGAGGCCAUAGCCAUUUUGGUGCCCCAAAAGCCAGAGAAGCUUAAACAGUUGGUGGGUUACUCGUUUUUCCGGCCACCGCCGAUGCGGCUGAUGCCUUCUUGUUUGCUCAAUGAUUUUAUUGAGUCAAUGUGUUUGGACCAUAUUGAUGAAAAGAGAGAGCUGAUUCGAACUAUCCCCAAAGGAAGAAAGCUUUCAGACCUUCCCAAGAUUCACCAGCGGACGAUGAUACUGUGGGGAGAACAUGAUGAAGUAUUUCCAUUAGAAUUGGGUCACAGAUUGAAACGGCAUUUGGGGGACAAUGCUACGCUUGUGAUUAUCAAGAAUGCAGGCCAUGCCUUCAACUCAGAGGAGCCCAAGGAGUUUCUCAACCAUUUGGUUUCUUUCCUGCUUUAUUCUUAAGCCUCCCCUGGGCACUUCAAGCUCACAAACAACAUCAUCAUCAAGGAAAACACACUCAAACAACAUCAAAAGCUGGAGUGGUCUAAUGAUCGUUUAUAGUACGACAAACAAGCGGAGAAAUUUUGAACCUGCUGACAAUUAGAGAAGUUAUUAUCUCGACCAUAGCUCGAAUGGUCGACUUGUCCGAAUCUCACAUUAAACAACUAAGUUUCUUAAAAGGGUUUAUUCUUUUGGCAUUUUCCAUUUUGCCUCGAUUUUCCAAGGAGUUCCAGACUUAGAGAUCUUUAACCAUGUGCUAAUAACCAAAAAUCUGUGCCACUGGUUUCAGAUGUCCUGGAAGUUAAAAGUAUUUCUUUAUUGCUUAUCGAAGAGAGUGAAAAUGGAAGUGCAAAAGAUGUUUCUGUU